AUGACAGCGCAGAACUCGGCUGAGAUGACAGUGGAGGAGCGGUACGCACUUGUGCGCUCCAUUGGUGAGGAGUGCAUUCAGGAGAACGAGCUUUUAAACCUCAUCACUAAGAAGCCAAACAUCCGCUGCUAUGAUGGGUUUGAGCCUUCCGGGCGCAUGCACAUUGCUCAAGGGGUGUUCAAGGCUGUUAAUGUCAACAAGUGCACUCAAAGUGGGUGUGAAUUUGUGUUUUGGGUUGCCGACUGGUUUGCGCUGAUGAACGACAAAAUGGGUGGGGAGCUGGAAAGGAUCCACAUUGUUGGCCAGUACUUGAUCGAGGUGUGGAAGGCGGCCGGGAUGAAUAUGGAGAAGGUGAUUUUCUUGUGGAGCAGCGCCGAGAUAACGCGGAACGCAAACGCGUACUGGAAGACCGUGCUGGACAUCGCUCGCAAAAACACCAUCGCACGCAUCAAGAAGUGCUGCACGAUUAUGGGCAAGCAGGAGGGCACCUUAACGGCGGCACAGGUUCUCUACCCCCUGAUGCAGUGUGCUGACAUUUUUUUCCUAAAGGCAGACAUCUGCCAGCUUGGGCUGGACCAACGCAAGGUGAACAUGUUGGCGCGCGAGUACUGCGACCUCAUUGGACGCAAACUGAAGCCCGUGAUUCUGUCGCACCACAUGCUUUGCGGCCUCAAAGAGGGUCAGCCGAAGAUGAGCAAAAGUGACCCGGAUAGCGCUAUCUUCAUGGAGGACACGAAGGAGGAUGUGGAGCGUAAAAUUUGUCACGCGUACUGCCCACGCUCAAGACAGAGAAAGGAGGAGGUUUCCGAGGACGGGGCACCGGUGCCCAACGAGGACAAAAAUCCGGUACUGGACUACUACCAACAUGUUAUUUACUCUCGCCCGGGCGCGAAGAUCACGGUGAGCGGCACGACGUACAAAACUUACGAGGAACUUGAAGAGGCCUUUGUGGAUGGCGCAAUCACAGAGGCGUCACUGAAGGACACACUUGCCGUGGAACUGAAUGCCCUAUUGGAACCCGUGCGCCAGCACUUCGCGCAUGACCCUCAUGCGGCGGAGCUCUUGGAAAAAGUCAAGUCUUUUCGCAAAGGCGACGCAUCCAUGCCGUUGGAAGAGGGCGCUCCACUAGAGCAAUCGGCAACGCCGUUGGCAGUUGUGUGGCUGCCUGCAGUGAUACAAAUGCCCGUGGAUGUUGCUAUCGCUAUUUCUGACGCCAUUAGGGCGUUUUUGGAGCAGCACUCCAAUGGGGAGGUUGUGCUUCUACUUCCAGAGUGGACUGCGUUUUCAUGUGGUGAGGUGACGGGUGAGGAGAAAAACAUAAACGCCGCACUCGAGCUUAACCUUGCGCUCUUGCAGUCAAAUUAUGUGAAGAAAGACGGUGUUCGUGUCGUGCGUCAGAGUCAACUUAUCCUGGACAAUCCGAAUGAUUACUGGGUGGCUGCCAUCAACGCGGGUCGUCGCAACUUGUUGCAGAGCCUGGGAGAUACCUGUGGGGAGUUCAAAAGCGCCGGCCACUUGGUCGCGGCCCUCAUGUACGUGGCUGAUGUGGCAAUGUUAAGGGCCACCCACGUUAUCUCCGCGUCUCAUGAGCGUGGCUAUCACGAGGUUGUGACGAAGUUUUUUGAGGGGCGUGUCACGGUGAUCCCCGCAAGGGAGGGAAAUGUUCCGCCGCUGCACCGCCCGGAGGCAUCGGUUGCCAGCGCCGACGACGUCCUGUUUCUCGGCGACACGGACAUGGACGUGUGCCGCAAGAUCAAGAGGGCGUACUGUGCACCCAACGAGGCAGAGAACCCGGUGCUUUCUAUCGCCGCCUGGCUCCUGCGUGAGCGCGGCGCACUGACUGUGGAGAGGGCAGCAGAGAAUGGAGGAAACGUGACGUACACGGACGAAGUGCUGCUGCGCAACGACGCGCAAUCCGGGGCGUUGCACCCGGCAGACCUAAAGGCAGCUGUCACGAAGCCGCUGCUGGAGAGCUGCGCGGCGUCCAAGGCAGUGCUCGCAAGUGCUGAGGGCAAAAAACUUUCACAAACGCUGCGGCAGGCCGCGAAGAAGCUGUCAAAAAAAUGA